AUGACCACGAGCAAGAACUCAAACAUCCCACAACCGCGGACAAUUCCGCUGCUGGGAAACAUCCCAGAUAUUAAUCUAGAAUACCCGCUUGGAUCCCUUCUUCAUCUUGCAGAUAAAUACGGGCCAAUAUACAAGUUAUCCAUCGGUGGCACCAAACUGGUGAUUCUUUCAUCAUACGAAUUUGUCAACGAAGCCUGCGAUGAUAGCCGAUUCAAAAAGUCUAUUCAAGGUGAUCUUGAGGAACUCAGGGCCGUUGUACAUGAUGGACUUUUUACGUCUUCAGGAGAAGAAGAAGAAAAUUGGGGAAUUGCGCACCGCGUGUUGAUGUCUGCUUUUGGGCCAAUGUCGAUCCGAGGAAUGUUCGAUAAUAUGCAUGAGGUGUCAAGCCAACUUACCCUGAAAUGGGCGCGCUAUGGUUCAUCUACACCGAUUUCCGUUGGAGAAGACUUCACACGUCUCACCCUCGAUACUGUUGCGCUCUGCUCCAUGGGGUUUCGAUUUAACUCCUAUUACCGAGACGACAUGCAUCCGUUUAUUAAAGCAAUGUAUGCUGUACUAAAGGCCGCCGGAGACAGGAACAUGCGCGUAUUACCGUCCAUCCUUCAUAAGUCAGCAGAUCGCAAAUUCGAGUCCAAUAUCGCCAUCCUGCGAACGACUGCUGGGCAAGUCUUAGCAGCUAGGCAAAAAGCCCCAGAUGCCACUGGUGAUCCUAAAGAUCUUUUAAACGCCAUGAUCAACGGCGUGGACCCUAAAACUGGCCGCAAAAUGACAGAGCAGAGCAUCAUUGACAAUUUGAUCACGUUUCUUGUUGCAGGCCAUGAAACCACCGCUGCCACGCUUUCGUUCACUAUGUAUCAAUUAGUAACGAACCCCGACGUUUACCGCAAGGUACAGGCUGAGAUUGAUCACGUCGUGGGGAGUGGGCCGAUCAUGAUAGAUCAUGUUGGGAAGCUAAAGUACUUAUCCGCGGUCAUUCGAGAGACUUUGCGAUUUAAUGCACCAAUCUCGGCAUUUGCCAGAGAGGCAACCAAAGAUGAAACCGUUGGAGGUAAGUACCGGGUCAAAGCUGGCGAACAACUCGUCUGCCUGCUGGCAAAAUCCCACCUUGAUCCGAAAGUCUACGGGGAUACCGCCAACGAGUUUGUGCCUGAGAGAAUGAUGGAUGAUAACUUCAAUCGCCUAAUGAAAGAGUUUCCACACUGUUGGAGUCCCUUUGGUACUGGACUACGAAGCUGCAUUGGGAGGCCUUUUGCCUGGCAAGAGAUGAUUCUAGCACUCGCUAUGCUUAUGCAAAACUUCAACUUCGUUAUGGACAACCCGUCUUAUUCGUUAAUCGUACAAGAAACUCUGACUAUAAAGCCAAAAGACUUCAAAAUUCGAGCUAUACCACGAGGCGGACUUAUGCCUUUCCAAUUGGAAGCACGGCUUGCUGGAGCUUUUAGUGGGAAGACGCCAGGCCCAUUACCAAUUUCGGAUCAACAAUCGCUAAGUGGUGGCACAAAAUUGACAAUACUCUACGGUUCGGAUUCUGGAACAUGUGAAUUCAUGGCUCAGCGACUGGCAAAUGAUGCUUCUUCUCAUGGCUUCAAGGCUACAGCGGACACAUUGGAUGCUGGUAGAGAAGCACUCCCUACAGACGGGCCAAUCGUCAUCAUCACAUCUUCAUAUGAGGGGCAACCACCACAUAAUGCCGGCCAUUUUGUCGACUGGAUCCAAAAUAUGGACGGAGAAAAAUUAGACAACGUUGCUUACGCCGUUUAUGGCUGCGGUCACUCCGAUUGGGUCAAAUCUUUUCAUCGCAUUCCUCGACUAGUAGAUUCUACUCUAGAGAAGCUCGGUGCUCGUCGCAUUGUUUCAAUGGGGACCACUAAUGCCAAGGAUAGAGAUAUGUUCAGCGACUUUGAAUGCUGGGAGGAUGAACUUCUCUGGCCCGCAAUCGAAAAGCAGUUUGGCGGAUGUACAGAGAACGAUAAGUCACCCAUUUCCGGUCUUUCGGUGUCCUUUUCGACUCCCAGGGCUGUAACUCUCCGCCAGGAUACUAGAGAGGGGUUUGUGGUGGCUGCCCGCACUUUGGUAACCAGCGAUUACCUCGCCGUGCUUCCUCAUAACCCAAAAGAAACAGUAUUGAGAGCUAUACGGCGCUUCAACUUGGCAUGGGACUCCCAUGUUGUCAUCACGGCUUCAGAACCAACCACCCUCCCAACGGAUACUAGUAUCCCUAUAUCGAGUCUAUUGACAUCCUACGUGGAGCUUGGACAACCAGCAACUAAACGGAAUGUUCUUAGUCUCUAUCUUCUUGCUGAGGAUGGGAAGUCGAAACAGCAGCUUUAUCACCUAGCUACCGAUGCCUAUGAGACGGAGGUUAGGCUCAAACGCGUCUCUAUACUUGACAUUGCCGAGCAGUUUUCAGACCUUUUAAUACCUUUCAACCACUUCCUCCUCCUUCUACCACCUAUGAGAGUACGAAAAUAUUCAAUUUCAUCCUCUCCACUUUCAGAUCCUACAACCGCCACCUUAACGUAUUCGGUCAUUGAUAGCCCUGCAUUGUCUGGGAACGGCCGAUAUAUUGGUGUUACAUCGUCGUAUUUGUCGUCGCUUGCACCGGGAGAUCGACUCCAGGUCUCUAUCCGCGCUGGUCAAGGUGGGUUCCGUAUGCCAGCUGAUUCGAGCAAAACGCCAAUAAUUUGCAUCGCCACUGGUACCGGUAUUGCUCCAUUUCGGGCUUUCAUCGAAGAGCGUUCCAUCAUUCUGAAAAGCGGACGCUCGCUUGCACCCGCAGUUCUCUUUUAUGGCUGCCGAAACCCUUUGGACGACGAUUUAUAUUAUGAUGAGUUUCGCACGUGGGAAGCCGCUGGCGUUGUUACUGUUUUCCGAUCCUAUAGUCGUCAACCCGAAGCCUCUCACGGAUGCAAAUAUGUACAAGACCGCAUCUGGCAUGAACGACAGAAUGUCACCCAGCUGUGGGACAGCAAUGCUAAAAUCUAUGUUUGUGGCUCUAACGUAAUGGCAGAUGGGGUCAGAGAAACUUUGAUUCGCAUCUUGUCAAAUAAACUUCAAACGAAAGGGGUACCAAUGGGAAAGAAGGAAGCAAUGGAGUGGUUUGAACGUAUCACCAGCGAACGAUAUGCGAUUGAUGUUUUUGACUAG